CCCUCCUCCUCCUUAAACCCACUUCUCCCUCCCGCCACCUCGCUCGACAGCAUCACUUUGUUCCCAUUCACUUUGCUUCGAGCAGGCAAACUCUUCAGUCAUCUGCUGCCCCGCGUCCCGAGGAGAAGCGACCAAACCCAGGCGCAGGCUGGCGUUUGAAGCGAAUUGCCUUAUCCCCACAACCACACCCUCGGCUUCUCUCCGUUGCGUGCGGCGGUCCCGAAACGCUGACCCACACCCAACUGCCGCUUCAGAGGGCGAACAAGACCGUGCGGUAAACUUCAUUGGCGAAGUCGUUUUGUGAUCUUGAACAAGAUGUUGUGCGGAAAGACAUCGUGUGGCAGGAAAGCACUGACACUUCUGAGCAGUGUGUUCGCCGUGUGUGGCCUGGGCCUCCUUGGGGUUGCCGUUAGCACAGACUACUGGUUAUACCUCGAGGAAGGAGUCAUUUCACCCCAAAACAUGACAGCAGAAGUCAAGAUGUCUCUGCACUCUGGCCUGUGGAGAGUCUGUUUUCUGGCAGGAAAGGAGCGUGGUCACUGCUUUACCAUCGAGUAUGUGAUGCCGAUGAACGUGGAGCUGACCUCAGAAUCUACCAUCAGUAUUCUCAAAAUGAUUCGGUCAUCCACCCCUUUCCCAUUGGUCAGCCUGUUUUUCAUGUUCAUUGGCUUUGUGAUGAAUAACAUUGGACAUAUAAGACCUCACAGGACUAUCUUGGCAUUUGUAUCAGGAAUCUUCUUUAUCCUUUCAGGUUUGUCGCUGGUUGUUGGACUCGUUUUGUACAUAUCCAACAUCAAUGAUGAGAUGCUGAACCGAACUCCAGACUCAGAAACCUAUUUCCACUACAAGUACGGAUGGUCCUUUGCCUUCUCAGCGAUAUCAUUCCUGCUGACUGAGAGUGCUGGAGUAAUGUCAGUCUACCUUUUCAUGAAGAGAUACACUGCCGAAGAGAUUUACAGACCUCACCCAAGCUUCUACAGACCAAGGCUGAGUAACUGCUCGGACUACUCGGGCCAGUUCCUUCACCCAGAUGGCUGGCCCCGUGGACGCAGCCCCUCUGACAUUUCCAGCGAAGCCUCCUUGCAGAUGAACGCCAGCUACCCAGCACUUCUCAAGUGCCCGGAUUAUGACCAGAUGUCCUCUUCACCCUGCUGAGAUCCUGGGCCCACCACAGCGGUUUGCUACCAAGCUGCUAAAUUGCCCUUGAUUCUUUCUGUCAUUUCCUUUAUUGUGAGUGUGAACUGGUCCAUCCAGGACUACCUUAACACAAAAUGUCAGCUGUGGCCUGGGGUUCGGAGUUUGCACAUUUGCAAAGUAUGGACUACCAGCUGACUGGGUUGGGGGCACGGCAAGGGGAGAACCGGACACAAUUAAAGACAUCAUGUUGUAUUAUUUUGUAAUAAUGUGUAAUUUUGUAAUGUUUUCAACCACUUAAAUUUGGUGGACUAUAGAUUACAAAGGAUCAUUGUAAAGUGUUAUUUAUACAAUGCAUAAUAAUUUAAAUGCAUUCAUUUUCUGAAAAGCAAUGUGAUGCAGUUAAUAAUGCAAUGUUUUUAUAUGGUACUAUUUUGACAAUUUUCUCUAUGACGUAAUCUUCAAAAGUGAUUGACUUGCUGGUAUGUACUUGGCACAGAACCAAUGGGGACAUAAUCUGAAGAUUAAAGCUCUGUGAAUGGGGAAUGAUGCCAUGAAGCAAUUCUUUACUCCAAUGUAUCAUGGAGAUGUGGGACUUGUUUCCCUUCAAAAGCUGUGGGGACAACUGAAAAUUUAGAUAGGGACAUGAAUGUGAGGGAAAUGGGAGGGUAAGUACAUUAUGUAGUAGUUUAGUUGGCUAUUUGGUUACUAAUUGGUUUGGCACAACAUUGUGGGCUGAAGGGCCUGUUCCUGUGCUUUACUGUUCUGUGUUCUGUUUUCAAUCUGAAGGCUGAUAGAUUUUUAUGAGGCAAGGGGUUUAAUGAUUAUAGAACCAAGAUAGGAAGGUAGAUAUAAGCUACAGAUCAGCCAUAAUCUCAUCAAACUACGGUAUGGCCUAAAGGGCCUAGAUGGCCUACUUCUAUUCCCAUCCGAUUUAUGCUUCAGUUUUAAAACUGAUUACUAAUUCUAUGCAAUCUGGCAUAAAUAUUGUGUGGAGAUAGUUGCUAGGAUAAACUUGGUCACCUAGAGCUAGUUGCUAGGAUUGAUUUUUGCCAAUGUAGUUGGUUGCUAGGAUAUAUAUUACCUAGAAACGUACUAGCGAAUGCUCAGAGUGGAGAGCUGCAGCAUUCUGUUUCAGAUGUUAUCCAAAUAUCCAGGAGGUAGUGAUAUUUUGUUCCUAUAUUAAAUCUUCGCACAUUUUUAAUGUGGCAUGUUUCUGAAGUAACAAAACAGCUUCAACGUUGUGUUGUUUUUAAGUGCAACAGUGACUUUUUAACUUGGAUGUUAGAAUAAUUUAAAAACUGUCAUGUUCAUACCGUCAACUUGAUAAUAAAAUCGAUUGUGCAUUGACAAGAUAAUCAAUCAAAGCCAUUGCUCCGUCACCUCACAUGGUAUUUAAAAAAAAUAAAAUGUGAAGCUUGU